GUGGUUGAGACAAUUCGGUCAGAAGUAAACUGAAUUUAGAAUUAGUCAGACGCGUCGAUUGCAUAAAAUUAAAUGGUUACCGUGAUAAUAUUUUCGUGUGUGGUGAAAUUAAAAUGAGUAGCAAAAAGGGUAAAGGUAAACGGCCCAACAAGCCACCCAAUCUGAAUCCUCCUCAAAUAAAAGAAGAUAUAGUGCCAAAAAAAGAAGAAGAUGUACCUGUUGCCGAGACAGCUGAAAGUGAAAGUGAACAGCGCGUCCCUGAAAUAGUUAGCGAGAUUCCAGCUAUAACAGCUGAUUUAAAGGAUGAAACUAAUACUCCCAAGAAACCAAAGAGAAAUAGAGGUAAGAAGAAAAAACAAGAUAAAGAUACGGAGUUUGAAGAUACUAAUAUUGAAAAGUCUAUCACUCCUCUUUUAGAAGCAACUAGUUCUAGUGCACCUGAAGUUACAGCUGAAACAAAAAUUGAUGAAGUAAAUAAAGAUAAAUUAAAUAACGAAACAAAGACUCCUGAAACGCCAAAUAUAAUGCCUACCACUCGAAAAAAUAAAAACAAAAAUAAGAAGAAUACGCAUGAGCAGCAGACAUCAGAAAAGUUGGAUUCGAAAAAAGAAAAAGAGGUAGCCAAGAUUGAUGAUACCGACACCGAAUUAAUAACGAAUAUACCACUCGAUUCAGUUAAGGUAGAAGAACAAAUAAUAGUUCCAAAUUCGCCUAUUCAAUAUGAAAUAAUGGAGCAAGUUAAGUCGUCAAAAAAGAAAAACAAAAGAAAAAAGCAACAUGAUUCUGAAACAUUACAUAAAAAUGAAGAGCAGUCAGAGCAGCCUUAUACCGUUGAUUCUCAAAGUCAGUUAAAUAAAAAAGAUUUAACAGAAGAUUUAAAUAAUCAGAUUACUAAAGAAAAACAAGUUCAGAAUAUUGAAAAGAAAAUAGAGGAAAUCGCGACAAUUGAUAUUAAGCAAGAAGUUCUCAAGGAUCUACCUAUAAGAGAAACAAGCAAAGAAAUUGGUGGCAAAAACAAGAAAAAGAAAAAAGAUAAACGGUUACAGGAAGAAUCACAAAUUUCUCAGAAAAUUGAUAGUAAUGUUGAUAUGCCUACUAAAGAAAUAAAAACAUUACCUACUGAAAUGACAUCAUCUGUUUUACUUGAUCAUGGCGAUAAAGAAGAAAUCUUGAAAAGUUGUGAUAUAUUACAACAACUAGAAGAACAAGUUACAAAAUCUAAAGCUACGAUCGUUAAGCCUGUGGAUAAGAAAAAUGAUAAAAAAUCUAAUCAGUCGUUUAAAGAUAGUUUAUCAAAAGAAGAAAUUAUUACUGAAGAGCCAAUACAGAAAAAUAUUACUUUAUCAGGAACAGAAAUUACUGAUACACCGCAUGAAGUAGAUAAAAAUAUUACGUUAUCAGAAACAGAAUUUAAAGUUACACCUUAUGAAGAUAUAGCUAGUUUUCCAAAAGAUGAAAUUGUUACUGAAAAACCAAUAGAUAAAAUUAUAACUUUAUCAGGGACCGAAAUCACAGAUACAUCGCAUGAAGUAGAUAAAAAUAUCACUUUAUCAGAAACAGAAGUUAAAGCUACACCUUAUGAAGAUACAACUAGUUUUCCAAAAGAUGCGAUUAUUACUGAAAAACCAAUAGAUAAAAAUAUAACUUUAUCAGGAACAAAAAUCACAGAUACACCGCAUGAAGAUACACCUGCUGUAGAAAAUAUAAAAGAAUCGAAUACACUGAAAUCUGAAUUUAUUCCUGCUCCCUCAGGAUCAAUGGGGAAAAAAAGAAAAAAAUCGCCAAAAUUGCCUGUAGAUACAAGAGAAAAAGAAAAAAGUGAACAAAGUAUUCAAGAUAUACAUAAUCAGAGUACUGAGUUAGCAACCGACAUUAAUCAGACGAAAAUGAGUGAUAUACUUCAACCUAUAAUAGUACAAAAUACUAAAAUACAACAAGAAAUUUUGAAAGUUGAUGAUAAUCAAGUUAAGAAGGAGGAUCAAUUUGAACAAAAUAAAGCUGUACUUGAAACUAAUAUAGGUGUUUCGCCCGAAACUAAGAAAGGAAAAAAGGGUAAAAAGACUCCAAAACCACCCAUCAACUUUGAAAAUAUUGGACAUGAAGAGGGAAAACCAGCAACUGAAAACAAAGGUCAAUCUCUUUCAGAAACAGCAAAAGUUAGUGGAGAAGUAUUUUAUGACUUACCAUCAAUUGAAGAAAUAGAUAUCAAGAGCGUUAAAGCUGGUGAGUCGGGAGGAUCAUCUACUGAAAUAACUCCAGAUUGUAUUCAAUAUCCACGCGCUCUAAGUCAGCAAAAUGUUGACAAUAAUAACAAUACAGUUAUACAAGAACUUAUGAUAACAGAAGAAUCGAGAUUACAAGUACCUCAUGUUGUACCUGAUGCGUCUUUUAUGAAAAGUUCAGAAGAGAUAUUAACAUCACCCGAAUCAAAACUUUCUAGCUUAAAAAUAGACUCAACUAUUAAUACUAAAAAAUCUGAUGAAAAACAAGAAAACACUGAUUUGAAAUCUAAAAUGAUAGAAGUUAACCAGGAUAUGGAAGAAUUAAGAUUGUCUAUAGAAAAAUCCCUCGCAGAGUUAACAGCUUUAGAAAAAAGUGAAGAUAAAGUUGAAGUAGGUACGAGUGAAAGUCAAUUUGAUAUUGCAAAAUGUGCAGGAGAUUUUAUUAGUCCUAUUGUAAAUAUUGACACUAAAUCAGAAAAUAAAGAAAGCGACGUCAAAAAUACAAAUAUAAAUAAAGAAAUCGAUGUAAUAUCCUCAAUAGAACCAAAUAAAAUAAUUGAAAAUAUUAGUCUCGAAAAAAAUCCAAUGGAAAGUUCAUCUACAACUAUUGAAAGUAAAGAUGAAACAAAGCCCAUCAUAGAUGAAAAAAUUGUCACUGAUACUAAUGUUUCACCUGAAGUACAUACUUUACCCAUAUGUCAAACGAAAAAAGACCACAAAGGUAAAAACAAAUCGAAAAGAAAAGGUAAACAAGAACAAGGAAGUAUUUCUAAUAAAUCAGAAGGCAGUGAAGCUACUACUAGUGAAAAAAGUUGUUCGGAAACCAGUAAGACAGACAAGAAAACUGAACAAAAAGCUGAAACUUCACAAGAAAAAGGGAAACAACAAUCAAUGAAUACAACCGAAGACUUAAAUAAUGAGACUGGUGCAAGCAAUAGUGAAAUUGAUAAGCAAAAUUUAACCAAAUUUGAGCCCAUAGAAAAUUUUGAAGAUGCAAUGACAUCAAGUAUAGAUGAUGUAAAUAAAACAUUUGAAAUGAUAGCUGAUGAUGCCCAAGAAUCUCAGGUUAACCCGGAGAUUAAUAUUAAAGUGUCAACAAAAGACAAAAACAUAGAACCUAAUGAAAAAAACAACCCUGUUUCGCAGCCAAAAAACUUGCUAGGCCACCCCGAUAUUCCUGUACCAUCGAGUAAAACUGAUUAUAAAAAGGAAAAAAAUAAACCACCAAACGCAAUAUUGGCAAAAGUAAAAAUAAAAGAUUCCGUGCAGAUAGAAAAAAAGAAGCAAUCUAGAGAAUCUCAAACUAAUAAUAUAAAAGAUUUGAUAAAAAGUAAAUCCAACAACGACUCAUUUUCCUCGAUGGUAAAUGAAACCGAUGAAUAUAUAUACAAAUAUACUUUUAGGAAAGUAUAUUUGCCCAAUGUUUGUCAUGUGUGCAAGAAAGAAUUAAAACAAACUAGGGUGUCAUGCAGUUAUUGCAAUUUGUUGUUUUAUUGUUCUCCAAAACAUAAAGAUGAAGACUGGCCCCAACAUCAAGCCCUGUGUUUCGCUGUAUCCACAAUUGGACAUUUAAAAGAUCAAAAAUACAUUUAUGCCGAUGCUAAAAAUAUAACGGGACAUAACUACAGACUACUCAGGAUGCAAAUGAUAGUGUCCUGUGAAAAGGUACUCAAGAGGAAACUGGUACCGUGGGAACAGGAGGUACUGUUGUACCCAAGAAUGUGUUUCGAGAUCACUUGCAGGGAAUGGAGGCAGAAUUUAUUGGUAGACUGCGAUGGGUGUGGGCAGGUAUCGUACUGCCGAGAUCAUCCUGAACAUCUGUCGAGAGCACACCAGCGGUGGUGCAAAUCGUACUCGUUGUAUCAGAAAUUGGUUUGUUACCAACAGACGAAGGGCAGGUUGGAGCCUAAACUUCCAAGCAGGGUGAUGAUUGAUCAUUAUCGUAUACCUGAGAAGAUCAACGAAGUCCUUGCAAUUAUAUACAAAGAUAAAAUUGAUAUGAACGACGUUGAAUAUGCAGCGUUGACUCAGCUAGCCACUGCACCGCUCACGACAGCUUACUGUAAUCAGUUGUAUUCCAGCAAAUUGAAUUCGACAACUGCCAAUGGAGUUAUUAAGAGGUCAUCAUUCACAAUCCACGUGGUGGGAGCCGAGUUGCAGUUUGAAGCGGAUGUGCUCAGCAAAUGGGAAGUGUUUUUUCUGCACCUACGCCCCGACGUACAGGUGCUGAGGAUGGUCCUCAUCGCUCCCGAUCUGAACCCUUCCAAUUUGCCGUUGGACUUGCUUCGGAAAGUCAAGCUGUGCGAUGAUUGUCAACGCAGUAAACGCCAGAUCGUAUUCAAUUUCGAAGAUAAGAAGACAUAUCACCAAUAUUAUGACAGCAUUGACUUCACCUCCCCUGACAUAGUAUGUGCCUUCAACCCCAGCAUUCAAAGAUCGUCAACAUACACCGGAACAGAUCUGUGGUCUUCUACCAUCAAAUGUAUCCUCAAGAUCAAAACUCCUUUUGUCCUAACGGCAUACAGUCUCGACGAACUGCGCAGAGACUUGGCCAGAGUUGAAGAGAUCUGUGGUCAGGACCUGAACAUGGUCGCCGACGCGAGACGCAACCCGUUCGCGAGCGUCAGACCGGACAGGAAUUUUAUUACUGACGACGAGAUGCCAUUGUUGUUUAAGAAUUAUUGUUUUUCUAUUAUCUGCGGUGUUUUUUAAGUGUUUGUUUUUUUUGUUUUUGAAAUAAAGUUGUUGCGAUACUGUUUGUGU